GUGGAUUUUGUGAACAGACGUGAUUUUUUUUUCUUUUGGUGUAUGCAACGCAAGCAAAGAGCGGGGUGCAAUUGCACUGAGCAGCUGGGCACUAAGGAAAACCCGCUACAUCCGAAACAGAAAUCAAGCCAAGUACCGAAGAAAAGGGGCUUCGGCUUUAACAGGGGAGGUUCUGGACUGCAUUAUUGUUUUCCACUCUUUUCUUCUCUUUUGCCCGGACCAAGCUGCGAGAGUUUGCUCCGAAGAUGCUGCUCACUUGAGGGGACUUUAGCCGGUGGGAUGUAAACGGAAGCGAAGGCAGACCGUCACACCCUAAAGCGCCGCCUGACAGAUCGGACGCUUCCCUCGGUAUCUUCUGCGAGCUGCGGUCGGUGCGCUUGUUGCUCCUGUUGUGUUUCAGCGCUGCCUGAAAAUGCUUCACGGAACUAUCAUUAGAUAGUGUGCGGUUUUUCGUAAUCAUUAUAUUUUGUUCCACGAAUCAAAUUGUUACUUUGUCGUUUGUUUUCAUGCUCCAUUAUUUGGAUAUUAUAUAGGAAAAUAAACUUUUUAAGGGUACACUUUUGCAGUGUCCCACUUCGCUUGAAGGCUUUCUCUAAUAUCUGCGUGUGGAUUAUGCUUCGCGAUCGCAAUAGGAGUUAAAUGGCUGUCGUUAAAUCCGUAGCAUAAGAUAAUCGAUAUGUAGCCUAUUAUUCUCGUAUAGCAGAAAUAAUUUCCAUGUAUGUUUUUCAAGAGCUAGCAACAGGGGUUUUCCUAUUCAUUUCAUUUUUUGGUACUGCUAAUUUUGCUUUUUAUAUUCAUGUAGCAAUUUUAAAAUGAUUUACUAUUUCGAUAUUCCAGUCAUUAGGAUAUAUUUGUGCACCGUUUUGUACUUGAAAUUGCACUUAACUUUUAAAAGUGCUGAUUAAGUUUGCAUGACUGGGUGGCGAGUCAGGUGUACUUGUACGUUUGUACACCAUGGGAACCAAACACACGAAGGGAUCCGGCCCGGAGCCUGGGGCGAGUCCGCAGUACGGAGGAUGGAAGCGGACGCCAACCAAGGAACGCGGAGACAUAUUCGCCUCUUUCAUGUUUAAGUCCGGGGACCGGUUCGGCCGCUCCGGAACUCCACCCCCGUACCAGCGGCGGAUCGGUAUGAUCCAGGAGAUGAUGGCCAUGGCCAAAGAAGGGAAGCAGGACGAAGCGACGGAACUGCUGAAAACGCUCCGGCAGGACCUGGGAAUGGAGUCGACAUCCCUGGACGACGUCCUGUAUCGCUACGCCAGCUUCCGCAACCUGGUGGAUCCCAUCACCCAUGACCUGAUCAUCAGCUUGGCCAGACACAUCAACUGCCCCAAGACGGAAGGGGACGCCCUGAACUCCAUGGAGAAGGUGUGCCGCCAGCUGACCUACCACCUGAGCCCCCACUCGCAGUGGCGACGACAGGGCCUGCUGAAGCGGAAACCCCAGGCCUGUUUGAAGGCCGUUCUGUCCACCCCUCCCGCGAAUGGCACAGUGGACCUGUCCGGGAUCCCGCUGUCGGGCCGCGACGUGGAGCGGCUGCGGUCCCACCUGCAGCGCCACGUGUCCCGCGUUCGCACCCUGGAGCUGGCUUUCACCGAGCUCACGGACGAGGCCCUGCUGCUGCUGCUGCCCUGCCUGGCGGCUCUGCCCCGUCUGGAGACGCUGGCGCUCAACGGCAACUGGCUGACGCGCGCCGUGCUCCGCCAGCUCACCGACGCCCUCAAGGAUCCGGGCAGCUUCCCCAGCGUCACCUGGAUCGACCUGGGCAACAACGUGGACAUCUUCUCCCUGCCGCAGCCCUUCCUGGUGAGCCUUCGCAAGCGCUGUCCCAAGCAGGGAAACCUGCCCACCAUCAUGGAAUUCGGCGAGAACCAGGCCGGUGAGCCUGAGGGCAGACCGAGCAAUUCCAGGGACACCGAAGCAGAGGACAUGGAGGAGAUGGAAGUGCAGCGAAAGGUGGCUGAAGAAGGAAUGGGUGGAAUGCAGCCUGUGACAGAGGCAGAGAGACAAGGUACCUCGCAUAGGCAGAAGAUAGAGGGAUUCACUUUUAGCCAAUCACAACAACUUUAUGGAUGCUGACCUUUUACAUCAUUCCCUAAGGUCCUCUUCAAUGUAAACUGAUUACAAAGUGGAAGAUGUAUUUUUGAAGUAUUAGUUUCUAAGUUUCAAAGAGGUGGUGAUCAUUUUUUAUGUAUUUGUGCUGUCUUAUUCCAGCUGGGGACAUUAUGUUAUUCUAGUGUUACGCCUUGAGAUAGAAUCUGUAUGUGCCUAAGACACCAGUGGGUGUGAGGGUCUGGGAGGUAACCCUGGGGGUGGGAAGGUAGAUACGACCAUAUGGCUUUUGCUUUGUCCGCCAAAUUGCCUCUACAUGCCAAAACCUCUGGUCCUCAAAACCAACCAUCUCUUUGUAGUGGGUGGAAAAUGUUUCACAGUAAGUGAGCAGAAAACAUUUCUGCAGAGGCGGAAGUACACAGGAGUCCAGCGUGGAGCACCGUUGAUACACUGUGGGUCAAAGUUCAGAUGCCGCAAUAUGGAGCGAGAGAGAGGUCAGGCUCUUCUCCAUGAAAGGACUGCAAGCUGUGAUUUGUCAGUCUGCCACCUGCAGGGCCCAAGAGGUACAGCACAUUAAGUGAUAAAAUGCUAAGUAUGUACAAAGGUGUGUAUCAUCCUUUUUGAUAUCAGUUCUCACUUUUAUGUUUGUCAGAUUAUGAAUAAAUAUGUAAUUAUUUAACCAGAAAUUACUAUGCAUAUGAUAUAUGGUAUGAGGCAAAAAUCUAGAUACGCAUAGUGAAAACCAUUUCAUUUUUCCGUAAGAUACCAACCCUAAACACACCUCGAGGUUAUGUAGUAAGUAUUAUCUUGUGAACAAGGGAAGAGAUGGAGUGCUGUGACAGAUGACCUAACCCCCAUAACCCCCCCCCCCCCCCCCCCACCUAAACCCUACAGAGCUGGUUUGGGAUGAAUUGGGUCGAAGACUAAGCAAGAUAGCCAGCCUGUCCCCAGAACUUGUGGAAACUCCUUCAGGACUGUUAGAAAAGUAUUAAAAGUAGGUGUGUCCAGAGUUUUGACUGGUAUUGUACGAAAAAGACGGUUGGGAUAUAACACAUUAGGCCUAUACACUGCGUGAAUUUUCAAUUAUGAAAGUAACAAUUAUGGACAUAUUUUGUAAAAGAUAAAUGCUGUAUGUACCUUUAAUAAAACGUGUAUGUUGUA